CUGUCGCACAUUUCCUCUUUUCUCUCCCCACCCCACCUUUUUCCAACUUCGAGACCCCAUGCUCUAACUCUUCCACCAUCUUCCUCACACACUUUUCUCAUCCUUCUUCUCCUUCGUAAUGUUUGUCCUUACUUUCACCCUUCUCGCUUUGUAUCUUCUUGUCUUCUCCCUUCCUCAUCUUCUUUUGUGUAGGGCAGUACGACAAUGCACGAGCGACGCGUGCAGAGACUAACUCACCACGCCCUUGCUUAACUUGAUUUAGAGUAAACACCAACAGUUUUUCGUCUUUUCGUUUUGUUUGCUUUUUUUUCUUUUAAUGUGUCCUUUAAUCUUGCUGCUGCUGCUGCUGCUGCUGCUGCUGCUGAUGAUGAUGAUGAUGAUGACGACGACGACGACGACUAACGACGACGACGACGAUGAUUAUUAUUAUUUUUUUUAAAAUUAGACUUGGCCUGUCCUCUGCCCGAAACAUGGGAGCCUUUGUGUAACGAGCCUGUUAAGCGAGUGCUACUUGUGGCUGGAUGCCCCGAGUACAACAGCGUGAAGGCAAAUAUGUCCCGGACUGCAAACAACUCUUUUACCAUUAUAUCAAUCGAGCGUAUCCAGAAUGGCGAUUUAUACAGGCAGUAUGUUGCUAAAAAGGCGCAGAUAGACAGGCAGAACAAUGGGAUGUCCUCAGAGAAAACCUUGUGGCAUGGCACCUCGUUACAGGCCAUAGACAAUAUUAACCUCUACGGCUUCAACCGCAGCUUUUGUGGAAGAAAUGCUACUUAUUAUGGACAAGGUGUGUAUUUCGCGGUCAACUCCAGCUACUCCAUGAGCAACGUCUACUCUGCGAAAGAUCAGUUAGGGAACAAACACAUGUACCAGUGCAAGGUGUUGGUCGGGUGUCCCACAGUCGGGAAUAGCGAUAUGAAGUUCUUGCCCACUCGACGAGGAAAUAUAAUAUACGAUUCUGCCACCGACAGCACAUCUCAACCAAGCCAUGAGUGUUUGACUGCUGUCACCUAUGAUGUGUCACUGACUGACCGAGUGUGUCAUUCUCCCCUUCUGCAUGUAGUCAGGUAGUACCGCUAUGUUAUGCACUACAACAAAAUGCUACACAGUAAAAUAUAAAUCAUCAUUCACACAUAGAAACCAAACUUAGAUAACUCGCACGUUUAUAAAAUACGAACUACUGGCAUAGACUUAUUCAGGAGUAUUUAUUUAUUUGGUUUAUUUGGUGACAUCGCCACUGGACGAUGUCCAGGUGUCAACUCAGAAGAAGGAUGUUGGCGGCGAGUUGUCUACCCAACAGUGGAUUUAAGGCAGAGGCGGAAAGACGUUUUCCGGGGCCUGGCGCCUCACCUGCUGCUUCCUGUGAUGUCUGCUGUUC